AGCCAGAAGGUUACAAGGGGUCAGGAAUAAAUAACCAGCAGGCGGAGGAUCCCAGAUUCCGUGCUGCCUUUUGUUGGGUGAGGAGCGCCAGGCAAAGCGUCCACAAAGGCUCUGGAAAGCAGCGGUCCACGCUCGGCUCCACCGCGGUGGUACAGGCAUGGAUGGGAAGAAAUGCAGUGUAUGGAUGUUUUUACCUCUUGUAUUUACUUUGUUUACUUCAGCUGGAUUGUGGAUAGUAUACUUUAUAGCUGUGGAAGAUGACAAAAUUUUCCCAUUAAAUUCAGCUGAAAGGAAACCUGGUGUGAAGCAUGCACCAUAUAUAAGUAUUGCAGGCGAUGAACCUCCUGCGAGCUGUGUGUUUAGUCAAGUUAUGAACAUGGCAGCAUUUCUAGCUCUUGUGGUAGCUGUUCUGCGCUUCAUCCAGCUGAAACCAAAGGUUUUAAAUCCGUGGCUGAAUAUUAGUGGAUUGGUGGCGCUGUGUCUGGCUUCCUUUGGCAUGACCUUACUUGGUAAUUUUCAGCUCACGAAUGAUGAGGAAAUCCAUAAUGUUGGAACUUCCUUGACCUUUGGAUUUGGCACAUUGACCUGCUGGAUCCAGGCUGCAUUGACACUCAAAGUCAACAUCAAGAACGAAGGACGGAAAGUUGGAAUUCCACGAGUUAUUCUCUCAGCAUGUAUCACUCUCUGUGUGGUCCUCUACUUCAUCCUCAUGUCCCAAGGCAUCCACAUGUAUGCAGCCAGGGUCCAGUGGGGCCUGGUCAUGUGCUUCCUGUCUUACUUUGGCACCUUUGCUGUGGAAUUCCGGCAUUACCGUUACGAGAUUGUCUGUUCUGAAUACCAAGAGAAUUUCCUAAGCUUCUCAGAAAGCCUGUCUGAAGCUUCUGAAUAUCAAACCGACCAGGUGUAACUCGUCAGUUUUUCCUUGCUGGUGAGGCAGGUGUGACAGUGUGGGAGGGACCAGGAGGACACACUCAUAGGACUUGACACAUAACCUCAUGACACAUUUUACACACACACACAGACACACACGUUCAUGGCCACAUUUGCCAAACGAGCUUUUCAGGGUGAGUUAUUUCUUUAGUGAAAAAGCACAAGCCCUUAUGUGUCAAAAUACAUGCUGUUACACGGAAAAUAUAUGCACGACAGAGCAAGAAGCUUGUGCAUGAACACCUCUCUUCCCCUCUCUCUCCAAGUUCCCCCUGCUCUUCUCAUUCUCUCCACACAUUUCAGACAUCGUGAUCGCCCUACCAUGGAGUGGGGCAGGCUAAAUGCAACAUGGGAAUAAUGCCAACUCCCGAAGUUGCCUUCAGAUCCAAAGGGCUUGGAACCAGCUCAUGAGGAAGUUCUGAAUCUGGCACUACAACUCUUGAAUGGAAACUGUGUAGAGAAGUGAUCCUGUGUAACCUGUGGAAAGGCAUGGGAUCGAGGAUAGGACUUUCCCACAAAAACUCCCUUCAUCAUUGUUCAGUGGUUGGCUGCACGCAUUCAAUGAAAAGAUUAUGCAACAAACUGUGAGCGUGAAGCCCACCACCGUGAUUUGGAUUUUACUGUGACUGAGAAAUAUUUCCAAAUGUGAAUAUUUGUAGGGACAUUGUCUGCCGGGAAUGGAACAAGAUGGCGGCAGCAAGGAUGCGGUUUCGUUUUUGCUUCCAUAGUAUGCUAUGUACAGUUUUUGUUUUAUAUUUCAGAGUUUGCCUUCUUUUUUUUCUUUAAGUAGCUACUAUGAGCCUCUCAAAAAGGCCUCCUGGACAAAGAAGAUGUGGGCCAAAUGCAAGAGCUGAGCUUGUUUUGAGUUCGACCAUGAUAAAAGGAAAGAAAAGGUCACUUGCAGGCUUAAUUUGCUGCUUUUAUGUUUGAAGCUAAGAAAAUGUUCACAGAAAAGCACAAAGAAAUAUGUGUGGAGGUAAUAAAAAGAGCUCCUGCUGGACAUUUAUAAAAGAUAGGAGUUUUAGAGCAUCUUGUUGGAAGUCCAAAUCAGAGGAGAGUUUCUUAAAAUGUAUCUAUAGCUCAAAUUUGGUAUUUGGGGGGUGGGGCGGGUUAAGGGCUUUUCCUACUUGGAAUUUGUAGAAGCCAAUUAAAAUAUUACCCUCCCUCCCAAAAAAACUGGCGCAGCUGGUCCCCUGCUGCCCAACACGUGGUUCCCACCUGCUGAGUGUUCAGAACUCAAACUGUAGGCCUGGGCUUUUGAGGCUGUGCUUCACAAAGAAGAGCAGACUUCUGAAUUCGAAAUGUGCUAGAGUGGGCCAAGUUGACGGACUCUCCAUGAGUGCACUUUGUUUCAAGAAACCCCCAGAUUUACUUCCUAGAGGCCUGGGAUUUCAUGGAAUAUAAUGUGAAAAACACUUUUUUAAUUCAAACGCUGAGUUUCUUGAGGAGGGAGUCAAUGACUUUUCAUCUCUAUACUGAUCCCCACCCCCUAGCGCAGUGCCUGGCACAACAUUAGGUGCUCAACAGCUGUCAAUGGAAUAAAAUUACCGGUCAUUUAGGGUAGGAAAAAGGAGUGUCGGAGACUCAAAGAUGAGUCAGGGAGAAUAGAAGACGGCUGUUUCGUGGACAGGAGUGGAAGAAAUCAUGAAUAGGGGUCAGAUGGCGAGUGAGAAUGCCUAUAAACGUGAGUAAAAUGCGAGGAAAAGAAUCAGGCAGAAGACAUUCUCCUAUUAAAAAGGCAUCUUACUGUAAAUAGUCCAAGGUGACAUUUAUUAUUUUUGAAUACUGCUUUUGGUUUUUUUUUUCAUUUUUACAUUUUAAAAAUUUUAUCAGAGAACAAAGAUUUAUGAAGCUUCCUUUUACUCUACACAAUCCAAAUUAAACAGCUUUUGGUGAUGCACUGUACACUUUCUUAAGAGAAUAUCUAAUAGCACAUUUUAGCAGAAUCAAGCAAUGACUGGCAUUAUUCAUUGGGAUCUGACCACUAAAUAAAAUUCUUUUAUGGAGAAUUCUGGUUCCUUUGUUUUUUACCCUAACAUUUCUUCCCUAAUACUGAAGAAUGUAUAAAACUCAAUCAGACAUUAGGUUAUAAAGGAACACCUCAGUGUCACACUGGCAGCAUAUUUCCAGGGUGUUUUCCAACAUGAACAACCAAUUUUCUGAUUCUCUGGACACCAACUGGGUGCCUGUAGUUCAGUUCUGACACUAACUACCCAGAGUUAUCAUCAGACCCCGCAGGUUUAAGGGCUCAGUCCCACAAGACUGCCCUCACUCAUUUCAGAUGCCAUGCCAGGUCACCCACACCUGUGACCAACUUAGCUAUAAAACUGGGGGUUCCCAUUACUCCCUUCCCUUUUAGGUUUGAUAAUUUGGUAGAAUGGCUCACAGAACUCAAGAAAACACUUUACCUCCAUUCGCCUGCUUAUCAUAAACGAUAUAAUUCGAGAUCAGCCAAAUGGAAGAGGUGCUUAGGGCAAGGAAGGGGAGGGAUGCAGAGGCAUGCCAUCCUCCCAGGGUUCAAUGUGUCCACCAAGCCAGAAGCUCUCUGAAUCUCACUGUUCAAGAGGUUAUAGAGCUCCAUCUCCAGCACCCUCUUGACCCCAUUCCUGGAGGUCAGUGGGUCAGGAGGUCUCAUCACUUCAUCUUUUUGGUGACCAGCUCCAUCCUGAGGCUGUCUAGGGGGCCCACCCUAAGUGAUCUCAUUAGCAUAAACUCAGGGGCUCAUUAUGAAUAACAAGACACUCCUAUCACUCA